AUGCCGUGGUCUGGUGAACAACGUGGUUUCGUUAUUGAGGCAUUUUUCAAAAACGCUGAAUGUGUGAUCGCGACACAGAGAGCAUUUCGCACUCGGUUCAGUUUGAAUCCAAACGAAAGUGUCCCUGAUCGGAAAACGAUUUUGAAUUGGGUACAAAAUUUAAGAGCAACGGGAUCUGCAAUGCCUAAAAAACCGGUUGGACGUCCUAAGUCCGUGAGAACACCGGAAAACAUUGCCGCAGUAAGAACAUCGAUAGAGCAGUCUCCGUCGCGUUCUGCUCGGAAACAUGCCUCUGCUCUCGGGAUAUCGGAUCGAACGGUAAGGCGAAUUUUGCACUGUGAUCUUAAAUUACACCCAUAUAAGAUUAUGGUAACUCAGGAAUUAAGUCCAACAGAUUGGGGAAAACGAAAAGAUUGCUGUAAUGCAAUCCUUAAAGUUGUGCCUCCCAACGGUAUUGUGUGGAGUAGCGACGAAGCACAUUUCCACAUUUCUGGCACAGUGAACAAACAAAAUUUUCGUUAUUGGGCUGCUGAAAACCCUCUAAAAAUACACCAACGACCUCUUCAUAGUCCUAAAUUACUGUGA